AACAGGCAGUAUGCUGCAAUGACCAAACAGGCAAACGAACACCAACUGAAACCUCAUCCUCUCGCUUUAAUAUUUCACAAGUGAUGAGAAUGUAGCGUCUCGCCGAACCGAGCAGCUUUUCCACUUCUUCUCUCGACCCAGACCUGAGGACUAUCUACUUUUUUGCAAACAGUAUAACAUGCAUUUAAACUCCAGAGCUGAGAACAUCCCACUGUCUCUGAACUUCAUGGGGAGGAAGUUACGAAAUCACACAGUGGCCCCAGCUGCUAAGCAACGGGCAUGGGACAGAACUAGUCCAUCCAGGUGUGCUGAUGAGAAUAGAGGAGGUCUGUCCAGAGUGAUGAGAACACAGCCACUGGUGUGUGUGCAAAACGAGUUGCCAGGAAGCAUACAGGAGCUGAGGGAGGAAGUGCAGCGUCAGCCCUGUAAUGUCCAUAACACGCACCUUGACCAGGAGAACAAUGGAGAGAUGAAUAUAGAAAGCUCUCGCUCUCACCUGAUCAUCAGCAUCAUGCUGGAAAGUCGCAACCUGGCAAACGGCAGCAUGACGUAUGGUAAGCUGAACCUUGUUGACCUGGCAGGAAGCGAGAGAGCGGCAAAGACGGGAGCUAAAGAUGACCAGCUGAAGGAGGCAAAUUCUAUUAAUAAAUCUCUGAGCGCUCUGGGUGAUGUGAUCUCAGCUCUGGCUUUGGAGCAAGCUCACGUUCCCUAUCGCAACAACAAGCUGACACAGCUCAUGCAGGACUCACUGGGAGGCAAUGCCAAAACGCUCAUGUUCCUCAACAUCUCUCCAUCUGACUGCAACCUGGACGAGACCCUUACUUCACUUAUAUAUGCCUCACGAGUGAAAGCCAUCACCAACCAUGCACAGAGGAAUAUGGAGAGCAAAGAGAUCACUCAACUCAAAGAGGUGAUUUUGAGACUAAAAUCAGGACAGACUGUGGAAGAGGAAGAUGUAUGAAUGACGUUCACUCAAAUCCGCCACUGUUUCUAUCACAUUUUUGGGGAUUAGUUGUUUGAGCUUGGAGUGAUGUAUUAAAACCC